CCCAAUAGUUUCGGGGAAAAAAAAAACGUCAAAGGAAAAAAACGUCACAAGCAACACUGUGUUUACUGUUAUACAUUCACAUACAGCCGCCGCCCCACCCCACUUCCCUUGGCUUGCGUACCUCGUCGCGCCGCUGCUGCUUCUCCUUUGUCACACUGCUGCUUCUCCUUUGUCACACUGCUGCUCCUCCAUCGCCGCGGCUCUCUCUCGAUACUGCUCCUUCUUGCCGCUGUUGUACUCCUCCAUCGCCUCUGUUUCUGUCUUCCAAAGUCACGACGCAGUUUAGGCAAUCAUGGGACGCAAGUUGAAGAAGAGCGACAAUGAAGCCAUGGCUGAAUAUGAAAACGACAUUGAUUUAGACAACAUUGAUAAAAAGAGAGAGAAGAGGAAGAAGAAGGAUGAGGAGGGAGAGGAGAAGAGGGUGAUACUUCCAUCGAUGAUAAAAAACAAGGAGAAGAGAUCAGUCGUUCAUGCUAAACUCCAGCACAUGAAGAAGGUUGAGAAGCGAAAGAAGCUCAAGGCUCGGGAUGCCACUGAGAAGCGUGCUCUUGAGCUUGGCGAGGAGCCUCCUCUAAGGCAGGUUCCUCACACCAUUGAGAACACUAGAGAGUUUGAUGAGACUAUAUGCAAGCCAGAUGAUGAUGAGCUAUUUGCUGGCAAUGAUGCUGAUGAGUUUGGCUCAAUUUUAAGACGUGAACAAAUUCCGAAGAUAUUGAUCACCACUUGCCGAUUCAAUUCUACUAGGGGACCUCUUUUUAUAUCAGAACUUCUUUCAGUGAUCCCAAAUGCAACUUACAAGAAGAGAGGAACAUAUAAUUUGAAAGAUAUUGUCAAAUAUGCAAGCAACAUGGACUUUACUGCUAUUAUUGAUGUUCAUACUAACCGCAGAGAACCAGAUGCUCUUCUGGUCAUUUGCUUGCCCUGUGGACCUACUGCACAUUUCAAGCUCUCUAAUCUUGUUCUGCGAAAGGAUAUUAAGAAUCAUGGAAAUCCUACAAGUCACGAGCCUGAGCUGGUUCUGACGAACUUUACAACACGCUUGGGUCAUCGUAUUGGGAGACUGAUCCAGUCACUUUUCCCACAAGAGCCUAAUUUCCGUGGUCGGCGAGUUGUAACUUUUCACAAUCAACGGGAUUUUAUAUUCUUCCGUCAUCACAGGUACAUCUUUGAAACCAAGGAAUCCAAGCAGAAUGAUUCAAAGGGCCAAAAAGGAAAGGAUGCCAAGGGUGAGAAGAUCUCUCAAGAGAAAGUAGUUGCUCGCCUUCAGGAGUGUGGGCCUCGCUUUACGCUGAAGUUGGUAAGUCUACAGAAUGGAACCUUUGAUACCAAAAGUGGCGAAUAUGAAUGGGUUCACAAGCCGGAAAUGGACACCAGCCGAAGGAGGUUUUUCCUCUGAGCAAGCAUCAAAGAAAGAUCAUUCAAGUUUCUUUUGGUUGGUGUAGAGGUACAAGCAAUUUUGCCGAACCCAUAAAGUUGAUAUCCCGACUUCAAUUAGUUUAAGGUUCUUGUAUCAGUUUUGGUCAAUUGCUCUUUCAAUGAGAUACUGAAAUUAAAAUUUUGUUUUUUUUCCAUGAUUAUUAUAUUAUAUAUAUGUAUAUUAGAAUUAGAAAGACAGAUGUACAAUAGGAGUUGCUCCAGUCUCCUUAGAAUAACACUAUCAGAAUUUCUUAAUGCUACUUCCAAGCUUUUAUCCAUGGAUUACUCAUCUUCUUGGAUGACUUUGUACAUGAGAGAAAAGUUUGUUUGUAUUACCAAUUAAUUAAUUUUUUGUGUUCAAGUAA